ACUCAAUGUUUGUUUGCACCUGUAGUUGCCGUGGGGUUUGGGUGGAGAGCUGAAGGGAUGCGUCUGUGGAAGCCCCGCCUCUCCACUUGGAAGGCGCUAUAAGACGUUGCUUGGGCUCGGCUGAUACCCGCAUUCUGAUAACGCUGCGCGGCUGUCCAACAGACGGAUGGAUUUAUAGCAGAGUUUCUUUUCGGGUUUACAGUUUCUAACUUUAGUUUUCCAACCGGUCAGCAUGGCUCUGGCUGAAGCAAUGACGCCUAUCUCCUUUCCAAGCAGUCAAGCCAUGGAAGCGAAACAGUUCGAACAUAUGUGCAAGGCGGACGAAUAUGCGCACCCCGGCGCAACAGGUAGCGCCUCCAGCCCGCUCCUUGAAGUGGAGUUCAGCAUCGUGCGCGCCCCCGCAGUGCUCCCCAAAGACGAUGACGACCUCGGCAAGUUCCUGGACAUCGAAUUCAUCUUGUCCAACACCCUCGACUCCGAUGUACUGAGCAGCAGGGGGAGCGUCUCUCCGCCGCAGCAGUGCGCUUACUCCCUGCCGGAGUCGCCGGAGAGCUGCGGCGGGGGUUCUGCGUUGGAUUGCAGCGACCGCGGGCACAAUCCCGCUGGCCUGGCCGCGCAGAGCUACCACGGCACGGUGAUCUUCGCGGACUCGAGUCCGGUCCGCAGCCUCAUGGCCGAGCUGCUCACGACGGAGAUCGGCUACCCGGGGGAGAGCUCGCCGGGGGGCGCGGGAAAGGCGAGAGACAGGCGGGAGUACACCGAACUGCGGGCGGUUAAUCCGGCCGCUCCCCCCCAUCACCAAGUGGCCGCCUCUCCUCCGCCGCUUGGAUACAAAAUUAAAAGCGAGCCCGUCGAUCAGUCUUGCAUGGUGGCCGCCGGUUGCGGGGACUUUGUGGGUCAGAUGUACGAGAGACCCCAGAUCCGCUCUGUGCAGCAGCAGCAGUCUGUUUAUGCGCACGGCCAGGCUGCAGGUCCAGACGCUUUGCCGGGAUUCAGCGCGCACCACAUGCAGAACUCUGUACCUCAGGGACGCACACACUGCCAUUUGGCGCAAAUGAACAGUCACCAUAGUCAACAGCAUCUCCAAAACCAGUACAUGAGCGCGCCCUACCAGCCGCAGUACGUGCACCAGAGCGUGGCGCAGUUUCCAGGACAGUACGGCGUUCACCACCACCAGCAGCAGCAUCCCGCAUCCAUGCAGGGCAUGACGCUCACCCCGCCGUCUUCCCCAUCAAUGCUGGAGUUCUAUGCGCAGGAGGAGGCGUUGAGCGGCAAACAGAAGCGAGGCCGCAGGUCGUGGGCCAGAAAACGCGCCGCGACGCACAGCUGCGACUUCCCCGGCUGUGGGAAAACCUACACCAAGAGCUCUCACCUAAAGGCCCACAUGAGAACACACACGGGAGAGAAGCCCUACCACUGCAACUGGGAAGGUUGCGGCUGGAAGUUCGCCAGAUCGGACGAGCUGACCCGUCACUUCCGAAAACACACCGGACACAGGCCUUUCCAGUGUCACAUGUGCGAGCGCGCGUUUUCCCGCUCCGAUCACCUGGCUCUCCACAUGAAGAGGCACAUUUAGGCCAGACUAAACUCAAAAGCAUCCAGAUCCAUUCUGAAGGUCGGGCCCCGCGGAGGGUCUCAGAAGAAGCACGGGUAGGCCCCUCCGCCUGCAGGUCCAAACAAACCCACGGAACAAAACGCCUCAAUGGGGACCCAACUGUGUGGGUGGGGGUGGGGGGCAUUGUCAGAGAGUGUUAUGCGCCCUGAUGGUGCCCUGAGGUACUCACAUGUGUGUUUUUUCAAAACACUGUGUGUCUCUCCAUUAGGAUCAAACUGAAUGCUUGUGUGUUGUACAUAGCUGUGCUCAUUUGAAAUGACUAAAUUAUAGUUUGUAUUUAAGACACGUCCUCGCCUGUCUCUGAAAUAAGUUAUUAAUUGUGAGGGUGCCUUAACAAGACUGCAUACUUGCUUCCCAAUUGUGGCUCACUCACGGUGGGCGGGACCCAGAACUUUGUACCCAUGUAAAUUGUAUUCCUGAAUGUUUACAUCUUAUAUCUUUGAUACUACUCAAAUCAGGUCAGGGUUUUUUUUAAAAUUGGUAUUUUUUCAUAUAUAUAUACACCUAGAUGUAUUGUUGUUUCCUUUUCGUCUGUGGUUUGCUCGAGCAAUGCUCACAAACUCAGGUACCAUGCUCAUUCUCGGCCCAGGAGCAAGCAGAGCGCCAAUCUUACUUCACUCCAGUCAUAUGUCUUUUGCAGCUCAGUGUUUUUUGGGGGAGAUAGAACCUAUUUUCUUAUGGAAUAUAUUUGUAUGUUUUUCUCAGAAUGAAGAAAUCCACUGCAACCGUUGUUUAUUCCUCUGUACUUGAAAAAAAAUGCCACUCAAGAUGUACCUUUUCUUUUCCUCACCGAUGCAAUUGUCUGGUAUAUCUGCAAGGGCUCCGAAAAUAAAAGUACUUUUACAACUAUGUCUGUCACCAACUCUUCCUCCAUACUCCACUUGAAGCUUUCUUAUUAUUCUGAAAUCAUUCUCAGCACUGUGUGGUUAGCUGAAGAAAAAUAUAAACAAAGCAUACCUUUGUUGUUUUUCCUUUGGCAUAUUAGUAAUAAAGC